CUCAUCGCUAAGCUUUCGGGGACAGCAAAGAGCAAGAAAAAGGAAGAAUCGGAUUCCGAUUCUUGUGGAGAACAUGAGCCGUCAUGUAGUAAUACGGUGAAGGAAGAAGUGCAAACUGAAGAGGAUCAUCAAUGUGACAUUUGGGUACGGCAGUACUACCUCCUGCCAGCGAACAAAAUGUCGCAACUCAGUGCUCAUAAGAUCAAUCUAACUAAAGCAAUUACGGCGUGGGAAACUGUAAAAGACGUGGUUAAAGAUCUCGCCACCAAAGACCAAGACAGCGACGCCCAAGAGGCAUUUACUAACCAGUCUCGCGUAGACGAUGCUAUAGCGGCAGUUGAGUCAACAAUAUUGUCUCUUAGCGUACGUUUACAUGAAGUUCAAACGCUUAUUGACAGCAACCAACUUAUGUCGCUUCCAGAUAACACGCAGAGUGUUCCCGAACGUACUCAAGAACAUCACGGGAGCAUUCGUCGACGCCGUCUACAGCGAGCGAUGUCAUCCGUCCUCAUGUACUGCCCCAGCGUACAGCCGACGCGCCUGGCCCGUCAUCGUACUACGCGCAACAUCAUUCCG